ACCCGAAGGACAGCAUCCGGCGGCGCUAGGGCCUGGGGGGAGCUAGCCCGGCCUUCCCUCCCUCUCCCUCCCUCGACGCUGCAGAGUCCUUCUAGGGGCGCGCAGGGCGAGCAGUGGUCAGCGCGAGGCUGGACGAGAGCCGAGAAGUGUUUUUGCCGUCCUCAGCCAGCAGGAUGGUGUUGCUACAGAGCUACUGCGAGGCAAAUGAGUCUCUGGCACAAGCAUGGGCCCAACAAGGCCUGGACCCUUGUUUCUACUUCACGUUGGUGCCUGCAAUGUUGCUCAGCGUCUGCCUCCUUUUGGGUGCCCUGCAGUAUGCUUGCUAUGCGCGCUUCAGCCGCACCAUGGAACCAAAGUACAUCCCACGUUCCCGCCUAUACCAUAUCCAGGUCCUCCUGUCUCUGUUCCUGGCACUGCUGUGCUUUGUCACCUUUCUGUGGCAGGUGCUGGGCAUGCAUAAACUCUAUGGGUACAUGGUACUCUAUGCCUGCCUCUCCGCCCUGAGCUGGGUUGGCUCUCUUGGGUUGCUGCACUUGGAACGGACCCGAGUGAUGGUGCAGGAUCGGACCAGAGGCCACGGUGUUAUUCUGCUCCUCUACUGGGCCCUGGCCUUUGCUGCGGAGAAUCUGGCCUUCAUCUCUUGGAACAGCCCACUCUGGUGGUGGGGCUUAGAAGAUGCCAAUCAAAAGGUCCAAUUCAGUCUGUGGUUCCUACGCUACAUCAGCACUUUUGCCCUCUUUGCUUUGGGAAUAAAGGCCCCUGGGUUGCCCCGGAAACCUUACAUGCUGCUUAUCAAUGAGGAUGAGCGCGAUGUGGAAACCACUCAGCCCCUCCUUCCAGAUGCCAGGCAGCACGGAUCCACCUGGAAGCAUCUGGGCCGGAAAAUCCGAUUCCUUCUGCGGUAUAUGUGGCCACGAGGGAACUUCCUACUACAGGGGCUGGUGUUUGUCUGCCUGCUGCUGAUGGGGCUGGAACGAGGCAUCAAUGUCUUUGUGCCCAUCUACUACAAGAACAUUGUGAAUGAGCUCACCCAAGACUCUGGCUGGCAUAUCCUGCUUCAGACGAUCUGCAUCUAUACAGCCCUCAAGUUUCUCCAGGGAGGAGGUGUUGGUGCCACUGGUUUCAUCAGCAACACGCGCAGUUUCCUCUGGAUCCGUGUGCAACAAUUCACAAGCCGUGAAGUCCAGGUGCAUCUACUCAGGCAUCUCCAUUGCCUGUCCCUUCGAUGGCAUUUGGAGCGCAAGACGGGCGAGGUGUUGCGCAGUGUGGACAGAGGCACCAGCAGCAUUAACAAUCUGCUCAGCUACAUCGUCUUCAGCAUCUUGCCCACAGUGGCUGAUAUCAUCAUUGCUAUUGUAUAUUUCACUACCACCUUCAGUGCCUGGUUUGGCCUCAUCAUCUUCAUCUGCAUGACCCUGUACCUUGCUUUGACCAUUAUAAUGACUGAGUGGCGCACGAAGUACCGCCGUGACAUGAAUAUUCGUGACAAUGAGGCCAAGUCUCGUGCUGUUGACUCGCUUCUCAACUUUGAGACGGUGAAAUAUUACAAUGCUGAGAACUAUGAGGCUUCCCGCUUCAAUGAUGCCAUUUUGAAGUACCAGAGCUCAGAAUGGAAAGUCAACGCAUCGCUGGCACUGUUGAACCAGACACAGAAUCUGGUGAUCGGUUUAGGUCUGCUAGCUGGAUCCCUACUGUGCGCUUCUUAUGUAAUCAAGAGGAAACUUCAUGUCGGUGAUUAUGUUCUCUUUGGCACAUACAUCAUUCAGUUAUAUGUGCCUCUGAACUUUUUUGGUACUUAUUACAGAAUGAUCCAAUCUUCAUUUGUUGACAUGGAGAACAUGUUUGAUCUCUUCGAUGAGGAACAGGAGGUGAAGGAUGAACCUGGUGCCAGGGAUCUUCGGUUCCUGGCAGGACGUGUGGAGUUUGAAAACGUUCAUUUUGCCUACGUGGAAGGGAAAGAAGUCCUGAAUGAUGUUUCAUUCACAGUGAUGCCUGGGCAGACCUUAGCAUUGGUGGGACCCUCUGGUGCAGGAAAAAGCACUAUUGUUCGCCUACUUUUCCGCCUCUAUGAUGUCUGGGGAGGCUGCAUCCGAAUUGAUGGGCAGAAUAUCUCCAAGGUAAAACAGGUCUCAUUGCGCUCCCGCAUCGGUGUGGUACCCCAGGAUACAGUUCUCUUCAAUGACACCAUUCGCAACAACAUCAGAUAUGGUCGUAUCGACGCCACUGAUGAAGAGGUGGUGGAGGCUGCAAUUACUGCCAAUAUCCACGAGCGUAUCCUCACGUUUCCCGAUGGUUAUGAGACACAGGUGGGCGAACGAGGUCUGAAGCUGAGUGGUGGGGAGAAGCAGAGAGUUGCUAUUGCCCGCACCAUCUUGAAGAACCCCCAGAUCAUUUUGUUUGAUGAGGCAACAUCAGCAUUGGACACAAAAACUGAGAGGAGUAUCCAAGCAUCCCUGGCUAAAGUGUGUGCAAACCGAACCACCAUCAUUGUGGCUCACAGACUAUCUACUGUGGUGAAGGCUGAUCAAAUCCUAGUCCUCCGGGAGGGCCAAGUGAUAGAGCGAGGAAGGCAUAAGGAGCUGAUGGAGAAGGGUGGAGUCUACUGUGAUAUGUGGUUGCAACAAGGAAGUGAGGCACCCCCUUCAGACCAAGGAAACAAUAUGGAUGUUGAGGAGAUGUCUGAGGACAAGGGCAGUAUCACCUCCCAAAAACCAGGCAGUAAGAAAAGUGCCACAGAGGCACAGGAAGGCAAUUUGGAGGGUGGUAACACCUCUGAAAUACCUGAAGGCGGGAAGAAUCCUGAAGGUGACGAGGAAAGUCAAAAGCCUGGUGAGACACAAGUAAGCGAGGUACAGACCACUGUGUCACAGAAAGCCAAGAAGAAGAAAAAGAAGAAGGGUAGCAUGUCUGAAGGCAGCGAGACCACAGAAAGCACUGUGAGUGACGAAGAGAGUGAUGAAGAUACAGAAACCACCUCUGAAUCAUAGCCAAACAAUAGGGGGAAUAUGCUGAGCAACCCCAUAGAGACAGAUGCAGCAGCAGCAGCAGUUCCUGCUAGAUCAGGGUUGAAGGCCAAGAAGCAGCUGACAUCCCGUCGUCGUAUUUGUGACUACUUGCAGCAUUAUGCCUGGAGGUUCAGAUCACGUUCACAGAGAUCCACCACAUUGAAAAAUGGCCAUAGAGAUGAAACUCGAGGUCUGAAGUGCACAGUUCUCAGCAAGUGCUGCUUUACGUCGGCAGGGCCCGCCCACCAGGCCAGGAGCCAGAGACUUUUCUUCCAAGCUGCUGUCAGUGAUGCAGACAAAUAUGUGCUCAGGGAUCCAGGUGUAUUAUCAAUGAUUAAUGAAGCGGGGGAGGGGCUGGAUCCAGAGCCAUCUUUCUCUAAGAUUCUGAUUGGUAAAGAUGAAUACUAGUAUGAACGGGGCAGAGAGUGACAGGAGGCACAAAGGAAUGCUGCCAGCACUUUGUAUAUGACCGUCGUUUUUUUGUAGGUUGAUUUUGAAAUGUGUUUUAAUUUUCAUAAAUCUCUCCAUGUUUUCAGAUGAA